AUGCCCUCUGAGCCUACAAAGAAAUCCAAUCCAUCUUCUGAGGACCAACCGGCUACAAAACAGACCUUCCUCCCGAUCUUCGAAAAUGACCCUCCCGCCCCAAAAGACACCGAAAAGCGAGUGGCUGAGCCUGAAGCACAAGGCAAGCCCAAGACGGCUCAGGUUUUCCUCAGCAACUCUGAUGAAGAGAAUCAAGCCUCGCCCAAGGAGCCAGAGCCGGAAGCCAUCUCGGAGGCAGAGCAUCAUGAACCGGCUGAGAAGCUACCGCAACAAGGGAAGAGUGAGAAUUAA